AUGAACAGAGCUUUCUACGAAUUAAUACGGUCGGCACCGAAGGGCCGUUGGAAUGGAAUUCAAAGAAACUAUGGACCUGAACAAGUUCAUCAAUUACGCAGUGGAGUCCAGAUUGAAUACACUUUAGCGACGAUUGGAGCGAACAAGCUGUGGAAGUUGUUAGAAACGGAGCCGUACGUUCAUGCGCUCGGAGCUAUCACGGGAAAUCAAGCAAUGCAAAUGGUUCGCGCUGGCUUGCGCGCGAUUUAUUUGUCCGGCUGGCAAGUUGCAGCAGAUGGAAACACAGCCGGAUCUAUGUAUCCAGAUCAGAGCUUGUAUCCAGCAAAUUCCGGACCGGAAUUGGCUCGUCGAAUCAACAAAACUUUGGAACGCGCUUCACAAAUCGAACAGUCUGAAGGUGGAGUGCAACGUGAUUGGUUCGCUCCAAUCGUUGCCGAUGCCGAGGCUGGAUUCGGAGGUGCUUUGAAUUGUUUUGAAAUCAUGAAAGCCUAUAUUGAAGCUGGAGCUGCCGGAGUUCAUUUCGAAGAUCAGUUGGCUGCCGAGAAAAAAUGCGGGCAUUUGGGCGGAAAGGCCGAGCUUGGAGCCAUGGGCUAUAAAUUCCAAUUCAUUACGCUGGCCGGAUUCCAUUCGGUGAACUUUGGAAUGUUUGAACUUGCCCGAAACUAUAAGGAACGUGGAAUGACCGCUUAUUCAGAACUUCAGCAAGCAGAAUUUGACGCUGAAAAAAAUGGAUAUACGGCCGUUCGGCAUCAGCGCGAAGUUGGAACCGGGUAUUUUGAUUUGGUGACCAUGGCUGUUGCAGGAACCCCAAACGACCUUCAAGAUCGUCGAGUCGAAAUCACAGGCCCAUGCGAUCGAAAAAUGGUCAUUAAUGCGCUGAAUUCUGGAGCAAAAACUUACAUGGCAGAUUUCGAAGAUUCUACAACUCCAACGUGGAGAAAUUUGAUCGAAGGCCAAAAAAAUUUAUAUGACGCCAUUCGCGGUGAAAUUUCUUAUCAAGAUCCUCAAAGUGGAAAACAAUACGAAGUUGGUUCAAAACCUGCGGUCCUAAUGAUCCGACCCAGAGGUUGGCAUUUGCCAGAAUUGCAUGUUAAAGUCGAUGGUGAACCGAUGUCUGGAUCGAUUUUUGAUUUUGCUCUUUAUGUUUUCAAUAACGCCAAAAAAUUGAUGGAAAAUGGAACCGGACCGUAUCUGUAUCUUCCAAAAAUGGAAAACUAUCAUGAAGCUGAACUUUGGAACGAAGUUUUGGAUGCCGCAGAAGAUUAUUUGAAAUUGCCCCGAGGAACCAUUAAGGAUAAAAUCCGCGAAGCCACUGAAGGUCAUGAUGGAACUUGGGUUGCGCAUCCAGGUCUCGUCAAUGUGGCCGCCGAAGCCUUCAACGAAGUAAUGGGUAUAAAACCGAAUCAAGUGGAUCGUCAAAGACCUGAUGUAAAUCCGUCUGCUGCGGAUUUAAUCCAGUUUCCGACUGGGGAACGCUCGGAAGUUGGACUUCGACAUAAUAUCAAUGUUACGUUGGGCUAUUUGGAAUCUUGGCUACGCGGAACUGGUAAGGACAUAAGCUUUCGAAACUAA